CUCUCCACACAAUCUCAUUGAUUCCCUCCUAAAAUGACGAUUCAGAAGUUGCUGAUGAUUACUUAUUCAAGAUCACCAUACAUCGAUUCGCUCUCGAUCCAUGCUUCAAAUAUGGCUAGGGUUCCAGUCCAGGUUCCAUCGAAUAUGCUCUGUUUCCAGGUAAUCAAUCAGUUCCAUCGAAUAUGCUCUGUUUCCAUAGAUUUACAGUCUCUCAUCCAGCUUUGGUCUACUCUAAUGGUUGGCCUAGAUUUUGAUUUCAUCUUAUUUCAUGGAUACCCAUGGAGGGUUAUUAAUCAACUUGGAAUUGGAGGUUUCAUGGGGAGAGGAAGUUUUUCUUAUGCAGCGAUUUGAGAGUGGUGUUCCCACAGUGCCAUUCAGAUGCUAAUGAA